AUGCCAAUCGCAAAUAAGAAAGACACUCGACCGAAUUUCCUGGUCAUCUUGGCCGAUGACCUGGGAUAUAGCGAUAUAGGAUGUUUUGGGAGUGAGAUCCAUACCCCUCAUUUAGACACACUCGCGCGUGAUGGAGCCCGGUUUACAGAUUACUACGCCGCGGCGGCCUGCAGCCCUACGCGAUCGAUGCUUCUGAGCGGAACGGACAAUCACAUCGCUGGCGUGGGAAUGAUGAGCGAGAAUAAGGGAAAAGUCUCGUCAAAAUUCAACGUCAAGGGGUAUGAAGGGUUUCUCAACCAUGAUGUGGCUGCGUUGUCCGAGAUCCUCCAAGACAACGGCUACCAUACGCUUAUCUCCGGCAAGUGGCAUCUUGGAUAUACGCCCGAGAGUAACGCUGCGGCACGAGGUUUUGACAGAGCAUUCACCCUCCUUGGAGGGCAGAGCAAUCACUAUGGUUGGGAGCCGCUACUAGAGGAAAAACACCAGACCCCAUUCUUCACUCGCGUCAGCCCGCAACUAUAUACGAUGGACGGCAGGAAAUACAACGUGGAGCCGAACCUCACUAAUGACCCGAAAGGGUUUUACUCUUCUGACUCCUACACUGACAACCUCAUUGAUUGGUUAAAAGACCGAUCCGCUGAUAAUAGCGAGAAGCCAUUCUUUGCAUAUCUUCCAUUCCUCGCACCGCACUGGCCGCUGCAAUGUAGCGAUGCUGAUCGCGACAAAUACGAGGGCGUAUACGAUGACGGCCCUGAAGCCCUUCGCGAAAAGAGAUUAAAGAGAAUGAAGAAACUUGGCAUUAUCAGUGAAAAUAUCACACCACAUGAUGUCGUUGCAGGACCCACCAAUCGCGAAUGGGAUGAGAUGACUCCAAUGGAGCGCAAGCUCAGUGCUCGGGCGAUGCAGUGCUUUGCCGGCAUGGUGGAUAACAUUGAUCAAAAUGUCGGGAGAAUGAUUCAGUAUCUGAAGCAGAGCGGCGAGUUUGAUAACACAGUCAUUAUCUUUCAGAGUGACAACGGGGCAGAAGGAGCCGAUAUCGAAGCUCAGCCAACAAUGGGGCCAGAUGUCGUUGCAACGAUUCGCAAGUACUAUGAUAACUCCUUCGAGAAUGUCGGACACGCCAACAGCUACGUAUGGUACGGUUCGAGAUGGGCUCAAGCAAGUACAGCACCCAGCCGCCUGUACAAAGCCUUCUCUACUGAAGGAGGUAUUCGUGUUCCUUUCGUGAUACACUACCCAAAGUUUGCAAAGCACCUUCAAAAUGGUGCCAUCAUCAGGUCCUUCUCGACUGUGAUGGAUCUUUGUCCCACUUUCCUGCAAAUGGCAGGCAUAGAACAUCCUGCUGAGAAAGAUGGAAUGUUUAGGGGCAGGAAGGUGGCCGCUAUGCGUGGCAAGUCCUGGUUGGAUUUUAUGACUUCCAGCAAUUCCAAGUCAGAGUCUACAGAUGGCAUUCAUUCAGGAACUGACACAUACAUGGGCUGGGAACUUUUCGGUCGUGGUGCAAUCCGAAAGGGAGAGUGGAAAAUGGUCAACAUUGAGUCAGCCAAAGGCGGCAACGGCUGGCAGUUAUACAACAUUUACCGUGAUCCUGGUGAGAUGGAAGAUCUUUCAGAAAAGGAGCCAGAAAAGAAAGAAGAAAUGCUGCGUCUCUGGGACGAUUACGUGCAGAAGACCGGCGUCGUAUGGAUCCCGCAUGAAGAGAUUCUGAAGAUUGGCCAAGACUAUGGCUUUGAUCGGAACGAUCUCAUUGGGGUAAACGUGAACGAGAGCAACGAAGUAGCAACGAGGAAGUAG